CUCCCACAGGGCCCCGCGGCGGAAGAUGGCGGCGGGCGAUGGCGCGGCCGAGGGCGCCGCGGGGCCGGGGCCGGGGCCGGGGCCGGUGUCCUUCGCCUUCAGCCGCAGGGCCGAGCGGCGGCGGCCCCUGCCCGCGGGACCGUGCGCGGAGCCCAGCGCCGGCGGUGACACCGAGAGCGACACCGACUUCCUGACGGCCGUGGAGGACCGGGAGCUACUCAGCACGCGGCCGGCCCCGCCCCCCAAGAAGGAGCUGGUGAUCCCCCUGAUCCCCUCCCACCGCUGGAGGAACCCGGAGCCCCCCAGCGCCGACACAGACCCCGCCCCCCGCCCAGACCCCGCCCCCCGCCCAGACCCCGCCCCCCGCCCAGACUCCGCCCCCGGCACAGACCCCGCCCCCAGCGCGGACCCCCCCUCGGUGGAGGCUCAGGCGGUGCAGGAGCUGCUCCAGGAGGCCCGGCAGAGCCAGGAGCGGCCCAACGGCGACCCCGGCCCCCCCGUGGCCAUCCCCCUGCAGCCGCCGGAGCGGGACCGGGACCGGGACAGGGACACGGGCACCGGGGCACUGCCGACCCCCCAGGACUACGCGGCCGUGCCCGUGGGGCAGUUCGGGCUGGCCAUGCUGCGGGGGAUGGGCUGGAGCCAGGGCCAGGGCAUCGGCCGCACCUUCGCCAGGGUGGUGCCCCCCCUGGAGCAGCGGCCCCGCCCGCGGGGGUUGGGGCUGGGGGCUGAGGCCGCCCCCCCCGGGACCCCCAGAGCCGGGGAGCCCCCCCAGGGCCCGGCCGUGGGAGACACCGUGGGCAUCGAGGCUGGGCCCCACCGCGGCCUGCGCGGCAAGGUGGAGGCGCUGGACCCCGAGACCGGGCGGGCGCUGGUGCGGCUGCAGCUGGGGGGGCAGGUGGUGGCCGUGAGCGAGCGGGGGCUGCGCCCGGCGGGCCCCGGUGCCCGGCAGGAGGAGGGGGGCAGGACGGGGACCCCCCGCGGGGGGGGGACAAGAGGAAGGAGCCCCCCCGAGAGCGGCAGGAGCGCGAAGCAGCCCCGGAGCGCCCCCCACUGGCUGCGGCGGGACCUGCGGGUGCGCUGCGUGGACCGCGCCUUCCGGGGGGGGCUCUUCUACAACUGCAAGAUGCAGAUCGAGGACCUGCUGGCCCCCGACACCUGCGUGUGCCGCACGGACGACGGGCGCCUGGUGGAGGGGCUGCGCGAGGCCUCUCUGGAGACCGUGGUGCCGCGGGGCAGCUCCGAGCGCGUCAUGGUGGUGCUGGGGGAGCACGCGGGCCGGCUGGGCCGGAUCCUGGAGCGGGACCCCUCUCGGGGCCGGGCCCUGGUGCAGCUGGGCCGGGCGGGGCCCGCGGUGCUGCCGCUGCCCUUCGACAGCAUCUGCCACUACCUGGGCGGGGGCGACGACGACUGAGCCUCCGGACCCCCCGGAGCCCCCCGGAGCCCCCCGGAGCCCCCCGGACCCCCCGGAG